AUGUCUGAAUGCAGCCAGAACUCUGAUGAAGUGUGUUCUGAGGACAUCGAUGAAGAUGAAAUCCUGGCCAACCUGUCUCCUGAGGAGCUAAAGGAGCUGCAGUCUGAGAUGGAAGUCAUGGCCCCAGACCCUGAAGUCCCAACUGGGUUGAUACAGAGGGAUCAGACAGAGAAACUUCCCACAGGGAGCUUUGACCACAGGUCCCUUGUUGACUACCUGUACUGGCAGAAGGCAUCCAGACGCAUGGUCGAGGAUGAGAGAGUCCCUGUCACCCUCUUGCCCUCUGAGAGAAAUGCUGCAGAGGAGGUGGAAGGAAAUGCUGGUGGCAGUGGUGGGGCAGCUGGUGGAAGGGUGACAGAAGAAAAAGAGAGACAUUACAAAAAUGAGCACUUGGCCAACUCAAGACAACAGUCUGGAGAGACAAAGAAAGAUGGCACUGAUAAGGAGAAAGAUAAGGAGGAAAAGAAAGAAGAAGCAGAUGAGGAAGAUGAUGAAAAUGAGGAAGAGAUUGAAGAAGAUAAGAACAAAUCAGAAAUAAAGGAUACUCACACCAAUAGGAAUGGUCACAGCAAUCAGACAAAUAAGCAAGCAGACACCGAAUCGGCAGAAACCACAGAAAAGCCAAAUGAAAAAAAAAUAUCAAAACUAAAUAUCCCCCAAAAAUUGGCACUGGAUACCAGCUUCAUGAAGCUAAGUGCCAGGCCCUCAGGAAACCUAACCAAUUUAGAAGAGAAUUUGGAGAAAGUCCAAAAAAACAACCCAUGUGUGAAAGAGCUCAACCUGAACAACAUAGAAAACAUCCCCAAAGAAAUGCUGUUAGAUUUUGUCAAUGCCAUGAAAAAGAACAAGAAUGUCAAGACCUUCAGCUUGGCCAAUGUAGGGGCCGACGACAAUGUGGCGUUUGCACUGGCCAACAUGCUGCGGGAGAAUAGGAGCAUCACCACACUCAACAUCGACUCCAACUGCAUCUCUGGCAGAGGGAUUGUUGCUAUCAUGAGAUGCCUGCAAUACAACGAGACGCUGACAGAGCUCCGCUUUCACAAUCAGCGGAGCAUGCUGGGCCACCAAGCAGAAAUGGAGAUUGCCAGGCUGAUGAAAGCCAAUGCCACCCUCCUUAAAAUGGGGUAUCACUUCGAACUACCGGGGCCCAGGAUGGUGGUGACCAACCUGCUCAGCAGAAACCUGGACAAGCAGAGGCAGAAGAGGCAAGAGGAGCAAAGGCAGCAGCAAAUGAAAGAGCAGAGAGAGUUGAUAACAAUGCUGGAAAAUGGACUUGGGUUGCCUCCUGGAAUGUGGGAAAUGCUGGGGGGGCCACUGCCCCAGCCAAGGAUACACGAAUCCCCUCGAGCCCUGAAGCCACCUGUCCCCACAGCUGCAUCUCUGAGAAAAAGGCAGGAGAGUGUAAGGCAGCCAGCUCCUGAGGAGCUAUCCAGAGAGAAGCCUGUCAACUUCAAAGUGGUUAAGCUGAAGAAGAUCCAGCGUAAACCCGCUGUGCCAGAGUAUGUGGAACCCACUGAGAAAACCAACCUCAAAGACAUCAUCAAGACACUUAAACCAAUACCCAAGAGAAGGCCACCUCCCCUGGUCGAAAUAACCCCCCGAGAUCAGCUUCUCAAUGACAUUCGUCAGAGUAAUGUCGCUUAUCUGAAGCCGGUGCCAUUGCCAAAGCAGCUGGAGUGAGAGACAAGGGUGACCUGAAGACAACAGCUUGGAGUAAAGACUAUUUAAGUUUUGCUUACAAUUGAUUCAGCAGAUGUUUUCUGCAGGACCCAGGUGGUGCAUACAACUCUUUGGGAACAAAGCUUGAGGCACACACUUUUUUAAGUGUGGUGAAAAUGGCUGGCAUGGGAAAAAUCAGUGCUAAGCAUUUCCAUCAGGUGUUAGUCCCAGUGCCAUUUGAGGCUCCAGUUUGUUGUGGGAGUAUUUUCUCAGAGGCAUCAAUAACCUUGUCUUUCUAGUUUGUCAGCAAACUGUUUUUCUUCCACAUUGUCCUGCUGCCAGAUUCCGCAGGAACAUGCUGUGCUUUUUUUUUUUUUUUUUCUUUUCACACACAUGCUAUUUUUAUUAUUCUCUUUUCUCCAUGUAUUUGGUUUCCAUGUAUGCAGCUUCAUUUUUUAGGCUAAGAAAACAGAAAUUAAAUAAAGCUCUCUCUGUACAAUGCAUGCAGCACUUCCAUGGCUUAAAAGAUGCUCACAGAACAGAA